CGGCCGGCGGCGACUCCUCCCUCCGAAGGCGGAUCCCCCUCUGACCUCCUUUUCCUCGCCGGCGGCGGCUUCUGAUUAAAUUUUUAUUUUAUUUUAUUUUAUUUUAUUCGUUUUUCUUGGGUUCUUUAUUUGAUUUUUUUAAAAAGAAGAAGUAAAAAAAAUUCCAUUAAGAGAAUGCUGACGAUUAAGAGGGUUCCGACGGUGGUGUCGAAUUAUCAGGAGGAUGCCGCCGAGCCGAUCGAUGCGGUAGCCGGGCCGAAUGCCCUUGGACAUUGCUGCCUGCCUGUAUCCAAACUUCCCCUUUAUGCCUUCAAGAAUGCUCCAAAACCUCUGAAACCAAGCAACAAGUCAAAACCCUCUGCUUCCAAAGAGGAUCCUCCAUCUGACUACUUCCUCAACACCCUUUUGCUCGGUCAGUGGGAAGACCGAAUGAGCCAAGGACUCUUCCGCUAUGAUGUGACUGCUUGUGAGAGUAAGGUGAUUCCUGGACAACAUGGCUUCAUUGCUCAACUCAACGAAGGCCGACACCUUAAGAAACGCCCAACUGAGUUCAGAGUUGAUCGAGUCCUUCAGCCUUUUGAUCCACAAAAGUUUAAUUUCACUAAGGUUGGUCAAGAGGAGGUCCUCUUUCGCUUUGAGGCUGGUGGUGGAAGGCGCUCUCACUACUUUGAUAGUGCUCCCAUUAAAGAAAGCGACCCUCCAAAUGUUGUUGCAAUCAACGUGAGCCCGAUUGAGUAUGGGCAUGUUUUGCUGAUUCCACGUGUGCUCGAAUGCUUGCCUCAAAGGAUCGACCCAGAUAGCUUGUUGCUUGCCCUUCACAUGGCAGAGGAAGCAGGAAGCCCUUACUUUCGGCUUGGUUACAAUAGCCUUGGUGCUUUUGCCACUAUUAAUCACCUCCACUUUCAGGCUUAUUUCAUGUCAGCACCUUUUCCAGUGGAGAAAGCUCCAACAGAGAGGAUACCUGUGACCAAGGGUGAAUCUGAAAAUGGAGUUAAGGUAUCAAGGCUGUUGAAUUACCCUGUGAGAGGCUUGGUUUAUGAGGGUGGUAAAACUCUUGAGGAUCUCUCGAAUAUGGUAUCUGGCGCUUGUAUCUGGCUUCAGGAGAAUAACAUCCCUUAUAAUGUUCUCAUCUCUGACUUGGGCAAUAAGAUAUUCCUAUUUCCGCAGUGCUAUGCGGAGAAGCAGGCUCUGGGUGAAGUGAGCCAAGAAUUGUUAGACACCCAAGUAAACCCUGCGGUGUGGGAGAUCAGUGGGCACAUGGUGUUGAAGCGGAGAAAGGACUACGACGAUGCGACUGAAGCUUAUGCUUGGAGGCUUCUAGCCGAGGUCUCGCUCUCCGAGGAAAGAUUCAAGGAGGUUGAGGCUUACAUUCUCGAGGCCAUAGGGAUGGUGGAGCCCCCGGAGGUAGAAGGGGAUAUAGCUGAGGCGACCGGCUUCGAAUCUUCGCCUCCAGUGGCUGCUCCAAUUCCGGAUGGGUGUCUCGUUCUUCAGUGAAGAGAGAUGAUUAUGUUCUUGUCCUUGAAGUACUGGAUAAUAAAGGGUCAGUAAUAGUUGGUGUUCUAGGUGAUAGCCCUGGCUGGAUGUGGCUAGGUGUUUGGGUCUAUUAGGGCCGGUUGCCUGUAUGAACCGUACUCUCUGAACCAAAAGACCAACAGUGUUUGGUAAUAAUAGUGGUUUUAAUAAUUUUCUGCUAGCA